UACAGAAUCCGAUUUGUGGCUCAGCUCUGGAGUUUUCUCCAAAAUCCCAUGGAAUCCUGCAAAAAUCAUCUCUUCAUUUCCAAUUCCAAAGCUCCGACUCCCGGAAUUCCCAACUACAACUUAACACAAAUCACUGAAAUUAAAUCGGAAAAAUUACAACAUACAAUGUCAUUGAAUCAUCACCAGAGCUGCUUCGUUUGGGUCUGAUGAAAACGGAUUUUCACCUUCACCCAGUAGGAUUUUUAGAGAAGAAGAGGCUAUUGGGGCUGAUUAUGGAGAAGGGUUUGAAACAUUUAGACCAGAUGGUCCAUUGAAAAUUGAUAUGGAUUUUUUGAACGAUAGAAUGCAAGAAGGAUUCUUGCAAAGAAUUCGGUAUGCAAUGAAGACGGAUGAAGCUUUUGGACUUACCUUCUCGUGGGAUAAUGGGGUGGCAGAUAAGAGAAUGUUGGAGUUAAAUGCUUGGGAACAGCUUGCCUCCUAAGAUAGAAACAGAACAAAAAUUACACAUCGUUAGACAUAUUUGCUGUUUUUAUGGUCGGUAAUGGCUGCCAAUCAGAAAAUGCGAUGUGUUAAUGUCUAUUUUUGGUAUUUAAGCCUUUAUUAAGCUAGUCUCACUUUCUUUUAUGACAUUCCUGAUUGGUAGUUUUUUUGAAUUUACCGAGCUCUUGGGCUUCUGAGCUUUUGAUGUUGAGUGUUGUUGCAUUCAGACACAGUAACGUUAAACCCAAAUUUAAAGUCAUGCACCCCUACAUGGGGAUUUGGACUGCUUGAGAACUGGUGGAAGAGUGACUCUGUACAGUUAAGUAAUGAAGGAUGAAAUGGCAGACUAGUAGCUGUUUCUUUUAUCAUGCAUGCUGAGAUGCCCAUAUACACACAGCAAGUUCCACGGAGGAAGAAAGAGCCGAGUUAUUUUGAAAGUAAACCACACCAUCACUGCUGCUAAUUGAAGGUGCCUUUUUGCUGUUGGUGAUGGAGCCUAGUGAACAUUAUUGAGAUAGGAGAUAAUAUACUCUGUUAAAUCACAUACUGCCAUGGAUGCUGCUGGAGAAUUAGUAGGCGAUGAUCAAUAUAGUCGAUUUCAUCGGGAAAUGAUGUCAUUAGGUGUUCAGCAAGUUGAAUCUCUUGCUCGGGUUGAAGCGUUACUUAAAGUACUCGUAGAAUCGCAAUUAAAUACACAACUUCAACUUUCACAAAUCGUGAGCAACACUAGAAUAACUACUUGUAUUGGGUACAAAAAUGAUGAAGAAAAACAUAAAUUGGCCACAAACCCGUCAUCAUCAAUUAAUCCACUUCAUCAGCGAGCUUCAGCGUUGAUGUCAUCAACAUUACUGACACCGGAAGAAGAUAAUAUCAAUGCUACAGAUAAUUUAGCUACAAACUUGAAAAGGCCACCAACAGGGAGUGAUAAUCAGGAGAUUAGCGAUGUGAUACCUGAUGAUCAUAAUGAUGCUGAAGAUGUCUGUCAGAUAACGAGUAAAGAUGUCUUGGAUGGAUAUGAAGAGCUAUACCACGCAGCAAUAAAGGGUAACUGGGAAGUGGCUAGUAAACUUUUGGAGAAGAAUCCAGAAGCGAUUACAAAAGUCAUUACCACUGAUGCAGAAACAGUGUUGCACGUAGCUAUAGCUGACGCAAAUCUGAUAUUUAUAGAGGAGAUUCUGAAACUCAUUCCCCCAGAGAUGCUAGAAUAUAGAACAGGAGAUGAUGGUAGUACAGCUCUUCAUUAUGCUGCCGUAUUUGGACGUGCUAAGGCCGCUGAGCUAAUAGUAAACAAAAACCUCAAAUUGACUCAGAUAGUAAACGGAGCAGGAAGGGUACCACUUAAUAGUGCUCUAAUAUCAGUUACAGCUGGACAAAGAGAGACAGUUGAGUAUCUUUAUUCAGUAACCAGACACGAACACCCAAGUCCUUUCUCUGGUAACCAAGGCGAUUCUCUAUUGUGUGGCAUGAUUGAUGCUGGUUUCUACGAUAUUGCGUCGUCUCUUGUCCAGCGGUUUCCAGAAUUGGUUAUCGAUCCGACAAAGAAAGUACGUACAAGUGCAAUCAAUUACAUGGCCGAAAGGCCGUUUGCGUUUGCUAGUGGAGCCAAGCAUACAUUCUGGCAACACCUCAUCUAUUCGUUGAUUAAUGUGGACAUAAAUUCUGCAUAUGAGCUUGACAACCACACAAAAGAACGCAAUGCUCAACGUGGCUUGGAAGGCACCAAUGGAGACAAAGAGGACCUGGUUGAAAGAUUUGAAGGUCCCUACAGAGACGAAGAAAACCCAACUGCGAAUUCAGAAAACACCGAAGAAGACAAACCGAAACCGUUCAGAUGGGAAACAGUUGGAGUUAGUGUAUUCAUGCUUCCUUACCUAAUUUCUCUUAUGAUCAAGUUCUUCUUCGUUUUCACUGUGCGCUUCAUUUGGACACCAGUGACUCGUAUGAAAGAGUUAUAUAAACAAUUAUAUAAUGACAAAGUGAAGCACAUACAAGCCAAAUAUUUGGUUAAACGUAUAUUUACAUCACUCAAGGAAAGAAUGACCAAGCCAGGUGUAAAAGAAUUUUUUAAAGGAUCCAACGUCAUGAAAAUGGCUAUAAGGCAUGGAAGUGUUGAGUUUGUAGAGUUGUGCUUACAACUCUUUCCAUCCCUGAUUUGGGAUAAAAUGGGGGGAGAACAUAUAUUACAAAUGGCUAUUGCUGAACGAAAUGAAACAAUUUUGACUCUUAUAUGUAAAGUAGAUGAAAAAGAAAAGAUCGAUCUAGUUUCCAAAAGUGAUGACAAUGGUAACACUAUCUUGCAUUAUGCUGCCAAGUUAGCGCCUUCUGCCCGACUUAAUUCGAUCUCUGGUGCGUAUCUUCAGAUGCAACGAGAAAUGCAGUGGUUUAAGGGGGUGGAAAACAUGAUUUCGGAGCAUAUGAAAUUUAAGAGAAAUAAAAACGGGGAAACAGCACACCAUAUAUUUAAAAGAGAGCACAAAGAAUUGAAGGAAAGUGGAGAGAAGUGGCUCAAGGAUACAUCUGGAUCGUGCAUGUUAGUAGCUGCUCUCAUUGCCACUGUGGCAUUCGCUUCUGCUUUUACGGUUCCAGGAGUAUAUACUUCUCGGUAUGCAGAAAUUGAUUUCCUCAAAUCGUUGCCAAAUAAGUUGAUAAUAGGGCUUGCGACUCUGUUCAUAUCUAUGGCCAGUGUGUUGGUAGCUUUUGGUGCAUCACUACUUAUCAUGCUUGGGGAGAAAGUUAUGUGGGUUCUCAUUCCUAUUGUGGUCUUCAGUUGUGUUCCUGUGACCUUGUUUGCAUGGCUACAGUUACCGUUAUUUUUUGACAUGAUUCGUUCAACAUACUUGGGGAGAUUGUUUGGGGAACAUACAUACAUCUCAAGCCUACAACUAAAUUCAAAGAAAGAAGACUGAACCGAGAACACCGACAUUAUGGAUUGUUCAGGUCGCAUUGAGCAAAAAUUCUCGACUCAUGUUUAGCAGCCAAUAUUUUUAAGUAUCACACAGUUUGUCAGCUGCUUGCUAAACUGGGAGGGCAACCGUAUCUUAAUUAUUUUUAUAGUUUGUUGGCAACCAAUAGUAGUACAUCUUGAUGAGACUGUCCUAUAAAAAUUUGAAAGCAGGUUCCCCAUCAAAUUCAUUUUUGUUGUAAUUUUAUUCAGAACUAGGCAUCACCCGGGCCGCAACCUCUCAUUUCGGUAUUUUGUCAUUUAUUCGUGGUUAUAUGUAUAUGGUUUCUAUACA